AUCAGCGUCAGGCAGCUGGGCGGUGGCAUCUGGGGGUCUCUGAGUUGCAAGCUUCCUAGAGGCGCCAUGAGCUGCAUCACCCUCCCCACCGUGCUGCCUGGCUCCCCCAGCAAGACCCGGGGGCAGAUCCAGGUGAUUCUAGGACCCAUGUUCUCAGGAAAAAGCACCGAGCUGAUGAGACGGGUCCGUCGCUUCCAGAUCGCCCAGUACAAGUGCCUGGUCAUCAAGUACGCCAAAGACACUCGCUACAGCAGCAGCUUCUCCACUCACGACCGGAACACCAUGGAGGCGCUACCAGCCUGCCUGCUCCGAGAUGUGGCCCAGGAGGCCCUGGGCGUGGCUGUCGUGGGCAUCGACGAAGGGCAGUUUUUCCCAGACAUCGUGGAGUUCAGCGAGACCAUGGCCAAUGCCGGGAAGACCGUGAUCGUGGCUGCCCUGGAUGGCACCUUCCAGAGGAAGGCCUUCGGGACCAUCCUGAACCUGGUGCCCUUGGCCGAGAGCGUGGUGAAGCUGACUGCUGUGUGCAUGGAGUGCUUCCGGGAAGCUGCCUAUACCAAGCGGCUGGGCGCUGAGAAGGAGGUACCGCCACCUGCUGUCUGGGGGCUGGGGGGCGGGGAGUGGCCCGCAGGCGCGGCACCCCGCUUCAGCCCAGGCCCUUUGCGUCCCUGCGCCCAGGUCGAGGUGAUCGGAGGCGCAGACAAAUACCACUCCGUGUGUCGCCUGUGCUACUUCAAGAAGGCCCCAGGACCGCCCUGCGGGCUGGACGGCCAGGAGAACAAAGAGAACUGCCUGGUGCCGGGCAAGCCGGCCCCGGGGACCCGCAAGCUAUUCGCUCCGCAUCAGAUCCUGCAGUGCAGCUCGGCCCACUGAGUCUGGAGCAGCGCCUGGAAGCCCCGCCACCCCCUCCUCGCUGCCGCCCCCUGGUGGACACCUGCCUCCUGCGCACUGCCGGGCCUUUCCAGAGGAGGAAGUGGGGGGUGAUGGGAGGGAACUUUCUGCCUUCCGCAGGGAGGUGGGCUGGUGGUCUGCACGUCCCGUUUCCCCCUUUCCUGCCCGCCGGCCCUUAUUCUUGGUUCCUUUUCCAGGCUGCUGGUCCACCGCAGACACCCCCCCCCCUUCUCCUGUGGGGUGAGGGGCAGGGCCACACACUGGUGACACUAAUGCUGCCUGCUUCUUCCCCCUUGUGGCUUUCACUGUUGAGUUUCUGUUCUCACUGGGAAGUCCAUUCACCAGUACCUCCCGCUCAGCACAGAGCCUCAUCCCACGCAGAAAUUUCUGCCUGCCUGGGAAGGGCUCCUGGUGGCCAGGGUAGCUGGACUUGGGCUCCUCUCUCGGGCUUCCCUUUGGGCCAAAAGCCCUUCCUCCUCUCUGGUGCUCAUUUUCUCCAGAAUGUAGCUUCUCUCACUUGGGGGACACUUACCCUGCUGGGGCCCAGAUCCCAAGGGCUUGUCUUUUAAAGGGAGGAGGGGUGGGGUGGGCGCCUGAGUGGCUCAGGUCACGAUCUCACAGUUCGUGGGUUCGAGCCCUGC